AUGACCGCCUUGUCAGCAUCCCCAGUGAGGAAACAUCCUGGUAAUCCCCCAGUGUCCACAUUUCAUACCACGUCUUGUUUUUUACCGUGGUCAUUAAUAUUAAUGUGCAAAGUGCUGUUGAUUGGUUUAUCCUACGAAUUGAGGUUGAGCUUAGAUAUGUUUGUGACGGAUGACAUCUUCGUAGCUUGGAUAUAUAUAAGCCAUCGGAUUUAUCGUAGGCAUCUUAAGCGUCAUCAGGAGCAUGAAUACAUCGCGACAUGUAUCCAAGAGCCUUACUACCUUUCUAGAUUAACAACGAAAAGACUCCUAGCAUCUUAUGACUACAGGCUCUUCCAACAGGAUAUUCUUCUGAGAAUCUUCGCAGAAGAUCGACUUGAAUUUAGUGCAUUAUUCCAAAUGAAGCUGCAUAAAGUAAUAGGCCAGCAAACAAUUUGCCUUAUAUUGAUUUUUUUCUCUCUUCAUUAUAUGAUCGGAAGCUUCAGCAUAUGUGGAGACUUGUUCAACUAA